AUGUCUCAGCUUUUCUUUGCUCAGGGUCUCGUCAGUACCCAUCUUUACAAUAUCAUUCUCAUAUCAACGGUUUUCUGCAUCACUUACAAGAUCGUCGCUACUAUCCACAGCGUCUAUUUCGGCCCAUUGAGCAAGUUUCCAGGACCGAAGCUUCGCGCUUUUUCCAACAUUUUUGAGAUUCAUUCAUUGAUAACUGGAAAUGACAACAUUGAUCGACCAGCUCUCCACAAGAAGUAUGGUCCAGUUGUAAGGGUCGGGCCAAAAUUGCUCUCUUUUGCUGGAGGGGACGGGGUCUGGAAAGAUAUCCACGGCUUUAAUGCAACAAAAGAGGGCGGGAUUGUCAAAGAACCGCUAUUUUACUCAAAGAUAUUUGGCUUCACAGAUGUCAGCAAUCUUAUAACAGCUCGUGAACAUGCAAAUCAUGCCCGGCAGCGAAAAGUUCUUGCACGGUCUUUCAGCAAUACGGCACUCAUGGAACAACAGCCUAUCUUUUCACGGUGGGCGGAGAAGUUCAAGAUCAAGUUGGCCGACGCAGCAAGUGUCGUCGAUCAAAUCGACAUUGUAAAGUAUUACAAUUGUACUACUUUCGAUAUUAUGGGCGACUUGACUUUCAAUGAAGAUCUCAAUAUGCUUGAAGAGGGGGAAUGUUCUCCAUGGGUUGAGUCGAUCUUCGGCUCAGUAAAAGCUGCCACCUUCUUACUAGGAGUUAAGACACACAGUCGAGCUGCUAGAUGGAUAGCAGACACCUUUCUGAAAUACAACCCGGCGGUGCAGAAAAAGCAGCUUGAGAACUGGAAGUACUGUUCUGAGCGUGUCGAUCGACGACUGCAGCGCACGCCCAAGCAUCCUGACUUGUGGUCCAGGAUUCUUGAAAAGAGAGAUGACUCCGAGAGUUUGACGAUGGAAGAACAAUAUGCCAAUGCUUUUCUAUUCAUGACGGCCGGAACUGAAACCAUUGCAUCAGCGCUGUCCGCAACCACGUUUUAUCUCCUCCGCAAUCCAGAAUACUUAGAAAAGCUUACUAAAGAAAUCCGGUCAACAUUCUCGACAUCCGGAAAUAUGUCUCUUGAGGCGUUGGCAAGCCUCAAGUAUCUUCAAGCUGUGAUUCAAGAAGGACUGCGUCUGCACCCACCGCUUCCAAUCGCAUUGCCUCGCACAAUUCCAAAAGGAGGAGCACAAAUUUGCGGAGAGUGGAUUCCAGAAGGCACCAUUGUUGGUGUUCAUUAUCUCUCUAUACAUACUCAAGAGCAGUAUUUUAAGAAGCCUCUCGAAUUCCAUCCACAGCGGUGGCUCCGAGACCCAGAGUUUGAAAAUGAUUGCUUGGACAUGGCUAAGCCAUUCCUUAUGGGACCAAUGAAUUGCAUAGGCAAGGAUCUUGCAAUGCAUGAAAUUCGGUUGCUCCUAUCAACUGUCUUACUGAACUUUGAUAUUAAGUUGAGCGAUGAGUCUGCGGAUUGGAAAGAUAUGAAAGUUUUCACACUAUGGCAAAAGAGGCCUUUGUUGUGUAAAUUGACAAGGGUUGCAUCAGAGUAA